AUGUUUAAUUAUAAGAUCAUUAAUUUACAUCCUCACCGGCAUUCAUCUGGGACCUCAUCAUCAGCAGCAUUCAUCAGCAGUAUUCGUCUUGGCCCUCGGCAUUAUCAUCAUCAUCAGCAUCCUCACCGGCAUUCGUCUUGGCCAUCAGAAUUAUCAUCAGCAUCCUCACCGGCAUUCAUCUUGGUCCUCAGCAUUAUCAUCAUCAUUAGCAUCCUCACCGGCAUUCGUCUUGGUCCUCAGCAUUAUUAUCAUCAUCAGCAUUCAUUUUGGUCCUCAUCAUCAUCACCACCAUCAUCAGCAUUCAUUACCAUCAGCAUUCCUCAUCAUCAGCAUCAGCUUUCAUAA